CAGCGCGCUGGCAGCCGCGUUAGCACCCUGGACAGCGCACCCGAACCCGCGCGGGCAGCCGCACCCUCCCACCUCUCGCUUUUGCCGGGGCUUGCCUGCACGCCUCCCACCCACUCACUCUGACUCCAGCUUGAGCUCACUGCCUGCCUCGCACCCCUCACGAUUCAGCUCCCUCCCUCUCCCAUUUUUCCCUCUGCCGCCCCCUCAUCCAUCCCUAUUGGGCUCCCUCGCCUUCCAAAUCACUCGGGCGCUCCGCUCUUUCCCAUCUCCCCGCUGUGUGGAGCCUUCCGGUCCCCUCUCCUAGUUAACCUCCACAGCUUUCAGAGCGUUGCCACAUCUCAAAGCCCUAACUCCAACACAAACGCGCGCACACACACACACGCAGACACGCACGUUCCCUGUCCCUGUGUGACACCCACUCUCUGCUUCGCGGUCGCGCAGGUCCCCGUGCGGUGCUCUCCUCCCGCCACACACACGCACGCGCGCGCAGGACGGAGCCGAACCAAGGCAGCUCGCAGACACUUCGCACUCGGAAGCGACCUGCUCCAGUCUUGCUACGCUGAUGGCCUCUCCCGGCUCCGGCUUUUGGUCCUUCGGGUCUGAAGAUGGUUCUGGGGAUCCGGAGAACCCCGGCACAGCUAGAGCCUGGUGUCAGGUGGCCCAGAAGUUCACCGGCGGCAUCGGAAAUAAGCUGUGCGCUCUGCUCUACGGAGACGCCGAGAAGCCCGCGGAGAGCGGCGGGAGCGAGCCCCCGCGGGCCACCUCCCGGAAGGCCGCCUGUGCCUGCAACCAGAAGCCGUGCAGCUGCCCCAAAACCGAUGUCAACUAUGCAUUUCUACACGCAACAGACCUGCUGCCAGCGUGUGAUGGAGAAAGGCCUACCUUGGCGUUUCUGCAGGAUGUCAUGGAUAUUUUGCUUCAGUAUGUGGUGAAAAGUUUCGAUAGAUCAACCAAAGUGAUUGAUUUCCAUUACCCUAAUGAGCUUCUUCAAGAGUAUAAUUGGGAAUUGGCAGACCAACCACAAAAUUUGGAGGAAAUUUUGAUGCAUUGCCAAACAACUCUAAAAUAUGCAAUUAAAACAGGGCAUCCCAGAUAUUUCAAUCAACUCUCUACUGGGCUGGAUAUGGUGGGAUUAGCGGCAGAUUGGCUGACAUCAACAGCAAACACUAACAUGUUCACCUAUGAAAUUGCUCCAGUAUUUGUGCUUUUGGAAUAUGUCACGCUAAAGAAAAUGAGAGAAAUCAUUGGCUGGCCAGGGGGCUCUGGCGAUGGGAUAUUUUCUCCUGGUGGCGCCAUAUCUAACAUGUACGCCAUGCUGAUUGCGCGCUUUAAGAUGUUUCCGGAAGUCAAGGAGAAAGGAAUGGCCGCCGUUCCCAGGCUCAUUGCCUUCACAUCUGAGCAUAGUCAUUUUUCUCUCAAGAAGGGAGCUGCAGCCUUGGGCAUUGGAACAGACAGCGUGAUUCUGAUUAAAUGUGAUGAGAGGGGAAAAAUGAUCCCAUCUGAUCUUGAAAGAAGGAUCCUUGAAGCCAAACAGAAAGGAUUUGUUCCUUUCCUUGUGAGUGCCACAGCUGGGACCACCGUGUACGGAGCAUUCGAUCCUCUCAUAGCUGUUGCUGACAUUUGCAAAAAGUAUAAGAUCUGGAUGCACGUGGAUGCAGCUUGGGGUGGAGGAUUGCUGAUGUCCCGGAAACACAAGUGGAAACUGAGCGGCGUGGAGAGGGCCAACUCUGUGACAUGGAAUCCACACAAGAUGAUGGGCGUCCCUUUGCAGUGCUCCGCUCUCCUGGUUAGGGAAGAGGGAUUGAUGCAGAGUUGCAACCAGAUGCACGCCUCCUACCUCUUCCAGCAAGAUAAACACUACGACUUGUCCUAUGACACUGGAGACAAGGCCUUACAGUGUGGACGGCAUGUUGAUGUUUUCAAGUUAUGGCUAAUGUGGAGAGCAAAGGGGACUACUGGGUUUGAAGCACAUAUUGACAAGUGUUUGGAACUGGCAGAGUAUUUGUACAAUAUCAUAAAAAACCGAGAAGGAUAUGAAAUGGUGUUUGAUGGAAAGCCUCAGCACACAAAUGUCUGCUUCUGGUACGUUCCUCCGAGUUUGCGUGUCCUGGAGGACAAUGAAGAGAGAAUGAGCCGCCUCUCAAAGGUGGCUCCAGUGAUUAAAGCCAGAAUGAUGGAGUACGGGACCACAAUGGUCAGCUACCAGCCCUUGGGAGAUAAGGUCAAUUUCUUCCGCAUGGUCAUCUCAAAUCCCGCAGCAACUCACCAAGACAUUGACUUCCUGAUUGAAGAAAUAGAACGCCUUGGACAAGAUUUAUAAUAACCUAGCUCACUAAGCUGUUUCAGUUCUCUAGGUAGACAAUUAAGUUGUCACAAACUGUGUGAAUGUAUUUGUAGUUUGUUCCAAAGUAAAUCUAUUUCUAUAUUGUGGUGUCAAAGUAGAGUACAGUUUAAAAAUCAAAAAAAAACAUUGCUCCUUUUAAAAUUCCUUUCUUAAGUUUAGAAUACCUCUCUAAUAAUUAGUGACAAGAGGCUGUGUUCUAAUCAAUAAGGAAAAGCUUAAAAUUGUUAUAAAUUCUUCUCUUACUUUUAAUAUAGUGUGCAAAUCAAAUUUUCUUUUCACUUCAGAAUAGUAGGAUUGAAUAGUGCCAAAUUGCCCCUGAAUCAUAAAAGGUUCUUUGGGGUGCAGUGAAAAGGAUAAAGUAAAUAUAAAAUAUAUGUUGACAAUAAAAACUCUUGCCUUUUUCAUAGUAUUAGAAAAAAUUUCUAAUUUACCUAUAGCAACAUGUCAAAUGUAUUUAAAUACAUAUAAUUUUACAAAAGGAAAAUAUAUAUAUUAAAAGAAAUCCUAUUUUGUAACAUAUAGAUUUUUAUUUUGUAUGGGUUAUACAACUGCAGGGGCAGAUAUAAAAAAUAAUCCAGAUUUUUUUUUUUGCUUUCUUUUAAUGGAGGCACAAUAAAACACUUAGCAAAGUUAUAUUGAAACAUAGGCCCACAAAAUUCUUAAAAGGUAGGAUGCUUUCUUUCUGUUCAUGUUAUGGCUUACCACAUCUCUAAAAUCAGUAUUAUAAAACAAACACAAAAAGUUCCUUACUAUGAUUAAUCAGAUCGACAAUAAGAUUCUCUUCCCAUAUAAGUUUUCCACCCAGUGGACCCCUUGCAGACAUGCUCAAUAAGCAUGACAAGCCAAGCCUCAUCUUAGACUGAAUUAAGGGAAUCGUUUCUCUUUUGCUUUCCACUUCAGUCUGUUUUAAACAGAAUGUUGAUGCUGGUUCUUGAGGCAUCUUCCCAAACAGUAUUCUUUUAUUAGGUCAUUUGAAUUAAUUCGGGAAAAUAAAAAUAAAAUCUAAUCAGCCUGAGCAAAGAGGAACCAAGCACAUUCCAGAAUGUGGUAAGCCCUGAAAAUUAAAGUCAGUUCUGGGAGAAGAGAGCUCUGUGUGAGAAUAAUGACGUCAUCCUGGACGCCAUAUUGACCCUGUCCAAGGAGUCAUUUAUCUCCCGGGUAAUUGCUUAGUCCCACUCCCUCCCCAUUCCUACCAACAAAAGUCUCUCCCACUAGCUUCCCUAUCACUGGAAUCCCAAAUACUUGAUUUCUACUCCGUGGGUGGUGUUUUUAUGCCCUGGAGAAAUGAGCUCCUCACCCAGGA